UUGCUGCUGGCGGAAGGAGGGAGGGAUGGGGGAAACUUAGUAUCGUCCCGACACUCCUAUUUCCCCAACGCAGGAUUAACACUCCCCUAACAAGACGUUUCAGAACUUGCCAUAUGUGUUUAGCGUAUACGGUUUACUACCGUAGUGCCCGUUCCUGUUGGGUGGCAGAGUGAGCGGGAGGACAUGUGCACUAUGGACACCACCUCCGCCUUAGAUGGGGAUCUAGUGUCCAAAAUAGACACCAGACGGAGCAACAAGCCGCUGAUGGAGAAGAAGCGUCGUCAACGCAUCAACCGCUGCCUUAAUGAACUAAAGACCCUCGUGCUGGAGGCACUUAAAAAAGACCCAUCGCGGUACAGCAAGCUGGAGAAGGCAGACAUCCUGGAGAUGACAGUGCGACACGUGCAGACGCUGCACCGUCAUGAGGUAACUGCGGGCGGCCGGCUGGUGGGUGGUGGUCGGGUGAUGGGCGGCGGGAAGACAAUGGGUAGUGACGAGAAAGCUAAGUAUCGCGCGGGAUUUAUUCAGUGUGCCGUGGAGGUAACCAAAUACCUGUCUAAUAUGAACGGGGUGCCCAAUGACCUCCACAACAAGGUCAUAUCGCAUCUCAACUCCGUCUCCAAUAGUGUCACGAGCUGUCCCGGGGCGACACACACGCCAGGAGUACCACCUGGAGGAGCCAGUGUGAUGGUGGGUGGGGGUAUGGUCACUGUUGCCCCGCCCCUCACUGGCCACACGUCCCCUAUAGCUCCUCCUCUUGUUAUCACCACUGCCGCAGACUCCAGCACUGGAGGACUCAGCCUGCCCGAAAGACCUGACUAUGCCUCCACCACUAUACAAUUCAGGAGUCCCCCGCCUUUGACAUCCCCAAAAUCGCCACCUGCCUCCACACCCACCACUUCGGUGACGGUGGGUGCGGGCGUUACUUUAGUACCAGCUCGGCUUGCGUCUGGUCAGGUGGCUCUCGUGUUGCCCCCUGGUACCGCCCUCCCUGCUGACACUACUCCUGUCCCCGUCGUUAACAGUAUGAGCAAUCAAGCACCUGGUAGUACUGUUCCAGCAGUUCCUUUCAGUAAUUCGUCUAGAACAGACUCUACAAGUAUUGACCGACUGGCGCCCUCUGCCAAUACGUUCUUAAAGGACGCAGCAACAAGUGUGUCGUCCUUCAGGUCCGACAAUCCUGUGUUUCCGCUUAGUUGUCACACUUCUAAGAAUAUCAACUUUACCCUACCAAAAAACUUACCGACUUUAUUUGAUGGAGAAUCUAAUAUUUCUUCUAGUCAGAUUUUGUUUUCCAGAAAUCUUCCAGUUAUUACUACUAGUAGUCUGAUGGCAUCGCAAAACUUGUCGCCAAAGGUCGACGAAAACAGCUGUUCUCAAACCACCGGAGCCACAACCCAAUUGCUGACUCAUAAUUUACAAGGAGUUAACCUCACCGCGUCAUCCACUUCCAUUGAAAAUCAGGUUACACAGCACAACACGACAGAGACUAACGUCCUGGUGACAUCGUCAACCUUCCCGGGCGGAAUUCCAACCACCUCAGAGACGUGGCCUUCACCCGCCAACCCCCAGAUCUCCCGAAGUUUCUCCAACGUUAGCAGAGAAGUUACCAGUGCUCGCUCGAACUACUCCGCUUCGUCGUGGUGCACUCUCGGCUCCUCCACGCUGGUGAAACCCACACCCACGCUGCCACAGUCCACUCCUGCUGCAGCAGACACCGAUCACUCUCAACUCCACACACCUUACUCUCUCACCAUUCUUGCCACAGAGUCUCCUGCUGCACCGACGCCCUCCACCGCUUCUCCUGCAUCAUUACACGAACCUCUAAAUCUUGUGACAAACAACCAGUCGCGAGAUGCCGUGUGUGGGCGUCGGUCGUUCAAGGCGGCCUCCGAGUUUCCCUGGCGACGACCCGCACCUUACUACAUCCCACAGCCUUGCCACCGGUCACAACCAUGGCGGCCCUGGUGACCACUGAUCCUCGGAUGAAUGAUUUACUUUCUACCAAAGUUCCGUGACCUAAGAUGCAAUUAUUCCCUGUGUUAAUAAUUAUUCACCUCCAACAACUGCUUCUUUCAAGAGGCUCAUCUUGAUUCACCGCCGUGAUUUGUGACACAACAGUGACUUGUAAACUACGAAAGAGGACUAUUUUGUUAAUGGUUUGUCACCUUGGUCUACAAACAACAAUGUUUCUUCAGUGGCCACGAUUCACGUCUCGUCCCACAGUGUAAAUGUAACCAGUGAAUUCAUCAUGAUUUCUUUUUCUUCAAAUAUGACACGAAUUUUGACGCCUCGAGUAUAAUUAUGAAAUUAGUGAACAAAGACAGAAAGUGAUGUUGAAGUGAAUUUGCAUGGUAUAAUGUUACCUAUAGGAGCUCCAACGACUACUGUGUUGACAGGUUUAUUUUAUAAAAUGUUUAAGGCGUCGAGGAUACCUGUGAUUGGUAGUCUUGUUGAUCUCGUGCACGUAAAGAAAUGGAAAGAUAUCAAACUAGUGAAACAAGAGGGUGUUCCCUGUUUGUCAUUCUAUGCGACAUUCCUCUGUGAGGUACUGUACUGUAUUCAUAUCCUGGAGCCAAGCAGGUGACCCCUCCCGCACGUCCACCAAUACAUGACCCACUAUUCUCUUGAACGGUAUUUUGCUUAUCUUAGAUAAAAAUAAGCAACUCUGAUGCUAUAUGAAUAUAAACAUAAUAUACAAUUCUGUUUGCAUAUGUUUCCAUAGAAAAAAAAAGAAACAAACGCAAUUCAUAGCUGAAAUCUCAGACCAGUAUUAGUGAGUGUGAGCUCAUACCUGUGCGUGUUGGUACAAGGUCAGUCACAGAAAGCAAAUUAAAAAUAUUCUACUGAAUUUUAAACCCAGAUAACAGAUGCAGUUUUCCGUACCUAUGUGUGCUUAUAGGUUCCACUGAAUGGCUUUAAUAGGGCUGUGAUUAGAUUUAGUUUUAUAGUGUGUUGUGUUUGUACACAUGAUCCCUCAGACUCUCUUGAGACACUACAGGUAAGAUGCGAAAAAGUUGGUUGUUAGAAUAGUGGUUUCAAGUGAUGGGGUAUGAGAUUAUUAUUAUUAUUAUUAUUAUUAUUAUUAUUAUUAUUAUUAUUAUUAUUA